AUGCUGAGACAGGAAGCAAGAACAAUUUAUUAUUUAGAUGAGACUUGGUACGACACACAUGAUACAGCAAAAAAAGGGUGGGUUGAUAGAAGUGGAAGAUGCGUUGCAAAAGUGCCCACAAAUAAGGGGAAACGAUUAAUUAUAUUGCACUGCGGCAGUAAAGAAGGAUGGGUACAAAAUGGAUUAUAUCUAGCUGGAAAAAGACUAGAAUACUGUCAUUUAGAUUACCAUAAAAAUAUGGAUGCAAAUGUAUUCGCAAAAUGGUUCAAAGACCAUUUAUUAUCAAAUAUAAAACCUCGUAAUAUCAUUGUUAUGGAUAAUGAAUCAUAUCACAGCAGACAAGAAGAGAAAAUUCCAACAAAAGGGUCCUCAAAAUCAACAAUUCAGAAGUUUCUGAUCGACAAUAAUUUAUAUUUCGAAGAAAAUUAUACAAAAGAAGAGCUUUUAGAAGUAAUGAGAACGAAGACAUGCAAGAAAAAAUACGUAAUUAACAGAUUAGCCGAAGAACAUGGGCUUAUUAUACUGAGAUUACCAGCCCAUUAUUGUAUAUUUAACCCUAUCGAAAUGAUAUGGGCACAGCUGAAACAAAAUAUUAGGAGAAAAAAUAGAUACCCGAAAUUUGAUUGGAAAGUUAUUGAAUUAAUACGAAAUGAG